AGCCUACGCAACUUCGCUAGUUCCUUCUUCCAUCACUUGGUGCAUUGUACAUGUAGGAAGGAGUCGAGUCCACAAGCCAUCAUUCAAACCAAGAUGAUCCGUCCCUUCCAGUCCCAUCGAACUAGGUUAUCCCACUGUUUUCUUGGUCGAUCAUUCGCCGAGAAAUGUUGCUUCUCGUCCGAUGCCAGGCCCUCGAGAGCUUUCUAUCUUCAUUUCGAACGUCGCCAGACCCGCUUUAACGACACGGACCUCUUUGGACACAUCAACAAUUCUGUCUAUUAUCAGUACAUGGACGACGGUGUCAAUAUGCAUUUGAUUAAUCAAGGCUAUGGAGCACAAUACCCUCGAUUCGUGGCGGAAAAUGGGAUGAAAUACUACAAACCACUCUCGUUUCCCCAUGAUGUGGAGAUUGGGCUACGCGUGGUUCAGCUGGGCAAUAAAAGCGUCACGUACGAUGUGGGAUUAUUUUCUGCCGAGAGUCCGGAAUUGGCCGCUCAGGGCAAGUUUGUCCAUGUCUAUGUCGAUACCAAGACGGGCAGACCAGUGCCCAUACACGAGGAUGUCCGAGCGGCGCUGGCCAAGUUACAGGUGGAUCCUUCUGUAGCAGAAUUAUAGCUCAAGAAGAAUGAUGGAACAAGCAAUCUUGGAUGCUGCAAGUUUGGUCAUGCAAAUAUAUAUCCAAGGGCCUAGCAAGUAAUGAAACCAAACGUAUGCAUUUUGUGACAUCAUGAGUUGUGCUAUCCACCCUAUUAUGUACUAACUACCUAUUAGGAGCGUUGGCAGGAGCA